AUGUCGUUGCGGCAAAAGGCUGAGGCCCUCAGGCAAAAGAUUGAUAAUCUCCUCGUGACUGGAGGCGAGAUAGCGGUUCCAAUUCUCAGGAUCGUCAAUGCUACCGCUGAUUGGUGUCGCCCUCUAAAGAUGGUGACUGGCGGUGCACUCUCCAUCCUCGACGAGGUUAAGAAGUUCAAGGAGAACAAGAAGGAAUGGGCUGAUUUUGGUGGAUACGUAGUUAGCACUACGGCCAAGGUAGUUUCAGCCAUAAAGUCUUAUGAUGUAUCAGCGAAAGAGGCAAGUUCAUGGGUGGAGGGUGUCACAGAGCUUGGGAGCGCACUGCAGGAAAUCCAGUCCGAAAUUGAACGAAGACUUCGAAAAGUAGAGGAACGGUCAGCUGUAAGGAAUGUAUGGUCCCACUACCGAGACCCUGGAAGAAUUGAGGGCCUAAAGAGAUAUUUUGGCGAAGCGUUGGCAUCGUUUGAGCUUAGGACGAAUUUAACAAUUGGUAUCAAAUUAUCGACGAUCGAGGACAGCUUAGACCGUCUGGAGUGCGACCCAAUCCUCAAUAGUCUCCGAUACCCUCAAACCGCCCACCAUGAUUCAACAGAGGCGUGCCUAGAAGGCACCAGGGUUGAUCUCACGGAGCGUGUUAUGGACUGGUGUCGUAACACUGGGGAUAACGAGAACCGGCUGAUGCUACUGACCUCUCUCGCUGGUGCUGGCAAGACUUCGAUUGUGCACACGAUUGCAGAUAGAUGUAACAGGGAGGCUAUCCUAUUGCUGUGCUUUUUCUUCAGAGCAGGCGAACAGGCACGGCCGGACUGUUUAUUCAGCGGCAUUGCUCAAGCUCUAGCGAGCCGUGACGCAGAUUACCGUACUUCCAUUAUCUCUGCCCUUCGAAAAGACCCCACCCUCUCAACAGCUUCAUUCGCGAUGCAGUACCAGGAAUUGGUAUCUUCACCUCUUCUUCAUAAACCUCCGCCUCCCAGCCAUCCUAUGGUGGUCAUCAUCGAUGCUCUAGACGAAUGUGACGAAGAAGCAUAUCAACCCCUUGCUAAGAUUCUCUGUGAAGAAGUUCCCAAGUUACCGUCUUCCAUCAAGUUUUUCGUUACUUCGAGACAUGUUGAUCUUGUUAAUCGCUCCCUCUCACGCCAUUUUCCUAUCGAUCACCUCACCAUUGAUCUCCUGGAUGACACAAAUAUACAUGACUGUGCUGCGUACAUCCGUUUCCAGCUACAAGAGCUUAAGAAUUGGCAUCCCGAUUUAGCGCAUAAACUCCAGGACAAGGAUAGUGUGGUGCAGGAGAUCUUGGAACGAGCGGGUGGCUUGUUUAUUUGGAUCAGCACCAUCUUUCGCUACAUGAAGAAGCCUAGGAAGAAUCCUAUGAGAACACUGGAGAGACUGCUCGACACCGGUACCAAACGAUCAAAGGUGCCCACUGAGAAGAUGAUGGAUGACCUGUACACGAGGAUUCUGAAGAAGUUUGAUUGGGAGGAUGAAGAUUUUGCACACGACUACCCGAUUGUAAUGGGAGGGAUCUUCGUUGCUCAGCAGCCUCUAUCCAUCACAGCCUGGGACGCAAUUUUGUCACCUUUCCUCGAUUCUUCUGUUCAAUAUGUGUUGGCCGAACUUGCUCCUCUGCUCUCAGGAGUGGAGGAUUCCCACAUUCCGGUUCGCAUCUUACACCAAUCUUUCCGCGAUUUUAUUGUCGAUCGGAUCGAUCCCCAAACAAUCAGCUCCCAUUUCACUCCGAUAGUGGUGGGGGUGGAGAAUGCUAGGGUUGCCCUGCGAUGUACUGGGAUUUUGAACGAGGGUCUCUGUUCUGUAAAGGGCUUAGGGCUGAUUGAAAACUUGCCUGACAAAGAUGAAAUGCCGCGCAUUCUUCCAAAGGAGUUAUCUGAGCACUUUUGUUAUGCAUGUCGGCAUAUUGUCCAUCACCUCAGUGGAGUCCAGGAACCAUCACAAGAGCUUGCUGGGUCCGUUGUUGUGUUUCUGAGUCAGGAAGCAACUCGGUGGGUGGAAGUCUGUGUGAGAAUGGAAAGCUAUGUCAGUAUCUCGUUACUCCCUGAGUGGGCUAAGUUGGCUGUUGACCACAGGGCUGUUAGUGCACUGGCUAAAGUGCUUGACCGGCUUCCGUGGAACCUGGGAUUUUUUUCAAGAUUCCAGGAGGCAUAUGAGGCAGCAAAUGAUUGUGUGGCACUCUGCCAUUGCCUUUUUUCUGUGGACUCAAGUUUCUACACCCCGCAUUUGGCCGGGUCACUCGAGAGUUUAUAUGUUACCCUUUGCAAACUCGGACGGCACUUGGAGGCACUCCCAUUCAUUGAAGAAAGUGUCAAACUCUUCCACCAGCUAGUUGCCAUUAACCCAGGAUCAUACACCUUGCAUUUGGCCGACUCACUCAACUGUUUAUAUGUUGCCCUUUUCAAACUCGGACGGCACGUGGAGGCACUCCCAUUCAUUGAAGAAAGUGUCAAACUCUACCACCAGCUAGUUGCUGUUAAUCCAGGAUCAUAUGUUCCAAAUUUGGCUGGGUCACUCAUUAAUCUAUAUAAUGCUGUUUCCAAUCUCGGACGGCACUCGGAGGCGCUCCCAUUCAUCGAAGAAAGUGUCAAACUCUACCGCCAGCUAGUUGCUGUUAAUCCAGGAUCACACACCCCAAAUUUGGCUGGGUCACUCAACAAUCUAUUCGAUGCUUUUUCGAAUCUCGGAUGGCACUCGGAGGCACUCCUAUCCAUUGAAGAAAGUGUCAAACUCUACCGCCAGGUAGUUGCUGUUAACCCAGGGUCAUACACCCCAGAUUUAGCUAGGUCACUCAACAAUCUGCAUACUGCUCUUUUCAAUCUCGGACGGCACUCAGAGGCGCUCCCAUUCAUUGAGGAAAGCAUCAAACUCCAGUGCCAGUUAGUUGCCGUUAACCCCGGAUCAUACAUCCCAGGUAUGGCCAGGUCACUCCACAAUCUAUCUGCUGCUCUUUCCAUUCUCGGACAGCACAUGGAGGCACUCUUUUUUGUUGAAAAAAGCAUUAAACUCUACUGCCACCUAGUUGCUGUUAAUCCAGGAGCAUUCACCACACAAUUGGCCAACUCACUCAAUCUACGUGAUGUUCUUAUCAAUCAUUCCAAGGCACACAUUUGA